CUCUCAUCAAGCACCACAAACCACUGAUACUGAUACUACCAUCCAGCUCAGAUAUGUCGAAUUCUCUGGAAGGACAAAGUCUGAUUCCAAUCCAAACUAUUGCAAGAUUGUUCCAAACUCUUGUGUUCAACAAAGAUGACCAUGUGAAAAUCUCAAAGGCUACUCUUUUAAUAGCUGCUGAGUAUUUGAGACUAUUUACAACUGAAGCUGUGCAUAGAGCAAAUCAAAACAGAUUGAACGACAUCGAACUUUCAAAGAGAAAUAACAGUUUACUAGACGAUUCCUCUAACCAUCUAGAUAAUAAUGUUUUGGAUGUAAAGGAUCUUGAGGCGAUCGCAGGCUUAUUAAUUUUAGAUUGCUGAUUAAUUUGUGCUUCUAAGUUUGCGUUUAUUUGGAUCUAUUUAUUUAUUUACAGCUAUUGUCUUUUAAAUUAUGCAUUAUAAUAAAUAUUCAGAAUAUUUAGAAUAAACAGGAAGUUUGGGUUGAUAUCUAAGCUCUAACCAUUCUUCAUUAAAUUCUUCAUCACUAUAUUCUAUAAACAAUUCAUCAAUUUUGCUUAUUUUUUCCAAUCUUUUACUGA